AUGGCUCCCAACUUUCUUCGAUACGUUCUGAGCACCCUGACUGUUUCGGCAGAAGCAGGGUUUUCCCUCUCCACCAGCGAACUCUUAGGGCUAUUUCGAGCCCGUGAAUCCGCAGCAGCGGGUAUUUUUUCUAUAAACCCUAUCCUUGACCGUAACCUGAUCGACGGAAUGCCCUCGAAUGAUGGGCCUUGGAGGAAAUACUGGUUCUUUUUCCGAGUCAAUCCCCAUUAUGUUCAAGGUCUUUCUGGUCUUCUUCUCGCCAAUUGGUCAGCUAAACUUGGGAACCAAACGAUCCCCCGCCCAACUGUUGACAUCUUGUCCUUCUUUCGAAUUUUUUUCGAGGGUGAAACAAACUGGAAUUCCUUCACCCUCCAACGCAUUCAUAAAGUGGGGCUCGCCAUUAAAGACGGUCAGACUCACCCCCUCGAUCCUCCUCCCGAGGAUAAAGACGUCUCGAGCCUGAAUGCUCGAGAUAAAAGAAAGAUGCAGGCUGAAAUCAAGGCUCUUAAGGAUCAGCUAUCCGAAUUUGGGAGAAAGAAACGGAUAGCUGCAAUCUCCAGGGUUGGUAACUUCCACAUGAAGACCCUCUUGGUUGAUGAUGGUUCAUUAGAAACGCCCCUGUCGGCUGCGGUGGAUACUCAUGGAGCCGAGAUCCUUAAUGACCCUCCAGUUGCCACCGCAAUUUGCCCUUCCGAACCAGGGCGUGAGGGAGAAAUAACCUCCUCUCUUUGUGCAAAGAGGAAGGCUCCAGAUUCCGAUAAUCUAUCAAACGAGAGACUUAAAACCGUGAGAUUAAGUUCUCCGCCACGAGUCUCUAGCCCUCUACGUUCUGUUUCUCCCUCUUCAGAACCUUUAAACACUGAGCUCCCUCUUCCGGGAGACAGAGUAAUUUCAGAGGAAAUAGAUGAGCCGAGACCGGAGGCUCCCCUAUCUCAAGGACUGAGUGGUAGGACUCAAAAUCCUUUACCCGCUUCGAUUUCAGGCGGAGAAGAGAUUGGAGACAUCUUCCAAAGUUUCCAAACCAGAGAAGGGGCGUCCCUUCUUCCUUUUAGAUUAUGA